AUGGAGACCUCCUGUGACGGUCAGUUCACCUACACGCUAGAGGUAAGGAACAAACAUGAUCGUAAUUAAAAUAACCUUUCUCUGAGCACAAUAAUCUUGAAUUCGAAGCUAUAAGAUUUUGAUUCUCUUAUCUUUAAAAACUAAGCUGCAUAUUAGUGACUGGGUACAAACGUCGGACUGAGAAUAGCCGUGUAAAUCGAUCCUACAUGUAAACAGUAUUUUUUGCACAAUUCGUUACAUUUUAUUUUAACUGGCGUAUUGUCGCCCAAUCACCUCCCUGAGGUAGUCUAUCGCGGAUCUUUUGGCCCAUUCCUUAGUGGUAAAGAUAAGCUCUUUUCAGGCCUCAGGCCUCAGUCCGACAUGAGAUGAGGCCUGGAAAGAGCUUGAUAUUUGUUUAUCAAUUGAAAUAGCGACUGACGCAGAAAUUGUGCGAUGCACUUAUCACAAAUACACUGCACUUUCUGACAUGAUGUGAUUCUAAUCUAUUUGUAUUUAUAUGAUAAGUUGAAUUUUACACACAUUUUGACUGGUUCUUAUCUAUGUUCUAUUAGAGGACAGAUGCAAAGAUGACACUGCACCAACAAAAAUUUGCUUUUUUAAGAUAUAAAACAAUUAUAUUCCAUGUUGCCAUUCGUCUGUUCUGUUAUAGAUCACAGGAGACGUUAAAAUGUAGAAGGAACAAGUGGCUGGGCCUUGUGUGCUACUCUUUUGCUCUUACCACAUUUUGACAUCAUCUUUGAUCUUUUACUGAACAGACACUAGUGUCCAAUAGCAAAAUUGGACAGAAGUGUCAAAAAUAAAAAAUUGGGCUCUAGUGUCCAAAAUAAAAAAUUGGUUAGUAGUGUGUGAAAUUAAAAAUUAGACACAAGUGUCUAAAAUCUUAAAUUAGACAUUUGUGUCCAAAAUCAACAAUUGCACUCUAGCAUCUCAGUGUCUAAAAUAAAAAUUGGACACUAGUAUCUAAAACCAAAAAUUCAGCACUAGAUUCCAAAAUUGAAAAUUGCCAUUUUGACUCUUGUAGCAUUACAGCAAGAACUGUAAUGAAAGCAGUUUGCUCAUUCAAAGUUUCCUUGAUAAGCUGCUUAAAUCUAUGUAAUUUUUGUUAGAAGAGAAAGUUUUAUCUUUUUUGUUUUUAUUUUGAGCACGUGGCACAGACAAGAAGCAAUGGGAAAAUAAGUUUGAAUGAAUUGACAAUUGCAAGCAAACACUGAGAAAAUUAUAUAUUGGAUUGUUAGACAAUGAUAGAUGUCUUAAAAGAAAUUAGUGGUGCUGUGUUAUUUGAUGAGCAAAUCUUGAUGAAAUUUGUUGGUAAGCAAAAACUGUGUAAAGUUAACAAGACCACAGGGGUAAAAAAACAAACACAACCAUAAGAAACAAUUGACAGAUAUCUGGUGCAGUUUAACCAACUGUUUUUACUGCAAAUACAAUGCCCAUUGAAAUAAACAAGGACAAAACAAUCAUUUAGCUCAAAUGUUAUCUUUAGGUAGACACCUCUAAGAGUAGACAGGUAUGGUUUGUCUGCCAAGACUAGUCUGUGUCUGGUCUGAGACUUGUUCUAUACAAAUUUGAUAUGCAUGAUUUGGUCCCUUUAUCUUUGAGGUGCACUGUAGUUGACUCUGGUGCAGUUAGGUGAUCUGAUGAAAUUUUCUACAUCACUAGUUACACUAUUUUGGAUGAUUUUGAAAUAUUUGUCUUCUUGCAGUAGACAAAGCUGUAAAACAUUUGCACAUAUUAGGACUUUGGUGGGCUCACAUUUGAAGCAAUAACGACACUAUAUGUAGUCUCAUAGAAUUUGUGAAAAAUUUAAAAGUAGCAUGGUUUUUCCUUAAGCAAAGAGGUUAAGCUUAUAACUUAUGCUACAGUCUGUUCUUCAACAGGGAUGCAAAAUAUAUUUUUCACACAAUAGUUAGCUACUCGCACACUUGCUGAAAUUUAGCUACAAACUGAUGUAUUUCAAUCAGGUUGAGCAAAAUUAAUGUAAUGUACUGCUAUAUUGAUUGAUUUAUUCUGUGCAUAUGUUAUUCAGCUCUGUCCUGGUAGUAUCACUGCCAAAUACCACCACUAGUCAUGCUGUUAACUAAAAAAUUUCAAUGUCUUGCCUUUUUUUCACCAAUAUUGUUAUUUUGUCUUCCAAGUAUAGUUUUACUUCUAAGGGUAUUAAGAAGUUCAGAUAAAAUAAAUAGAGGGGGCCAUUUUCAUAUUAUGAUGAAAAAGUGGUACACUGUGUAAAAUUGUCAACAGUCAGAAGGAUUGCCACUCCAAGAAUAAUUUUUAUUUUACAGGCAGGUACAUAGGGAAGAAUAAAGACAAGCCUCUAACAAUGAGAAUUUUGGAUAAGAUUUGGUAAGUGAUCAAAGCUGUGUUUGGAUUAUAGUUACCUCUGGAUAACCACCAUAUUGAGUAGAUUUUUAGACUGGAGAUUUAUCAGUAACUGGGAAAAAGAAAAAUUGGUGAUUGUUCAACAGUUUGAUUUCAUUUUUACACAUAAAAGUGAACAACACCCUUUCUUGUACAAAGGGAUGCCUUUCAACAGUAAAGUGUUGGAAUGUUGAGCUGCUAGCUUCAGCUUUUUAUUACUUACCACAUUUUACAAUGUAGCACUAGCAGAAAUACAUUUUCCCCUCAUCCUCUCCCACAGCAUCAUUUGAAUAUUGAUUGAGUAGCCCAUGGAAUGUGUGAUUCCGUAAUGAUUAUGUUUACUCUCAUUAAAUAUUAAAUUAACUUUUAACUAUUUCAGUAUGUUCAUAUGCAGAGCUUUGACCUUGAGGUGACUGUGUGGCUGAAAGCUCCUUGAGUUACAGUUUGUUGCUGAACAAAUUACCUCCUUACAUUUCCUUGACAGUCUCAAAUCCUCACGGUUAGUUGGUCGAGUGAUGUUUUUUCGAAAUGUAACAGCCUCUGCAUUUGGGUCAACUUAUUCAAUCUGUGAAGUGACAAAGGUGGACUACUUUGAACUCAUGUAGGUUUAAGAUUUCAUUUGUCUUCACCACAAUAGAUGUAAUGACUGACAGACUGACUGGCAGAAGGACUGUCUGAUUGACAGACUGACUGACUAUCUGACAGACUGACUGACUGGUAAAUUGGCUGGUUGGCUGGCUGGAUAACCAACUGACUGACUGGCUGCCCAGUUGACAGACUGACUGACGGGUAAAUUGGCUGGUUGGCUGGCUGGAUAACCAACUGACUGACUGGCUGCCCAGUUGACAGACAGACUGACUGACUGACUGACUGACUGACUGGCUGACUGAUUGGCUGACUGAUUGGCUGACUGGCUGACUGAUUGGCCGGCUGACUGGCUGACUGACUGACUGACUGACUAACUGACUGAUUGGCUGACUGGCUGACUGAUUGGCUGACUGACCGACUGACUGACUGACUGACUGACUGACUGACUGACAGGUUAGGUGGCAGGCUGGUUGACUGAUCAACUGAAUUUAUAACGUAGUGAGUUACUGAGAGAGUGACAAAUUGACUUAUUCAGAAAUGUUGAAUGAUUACAGACCGAACCUACCUGUACAUGCACUAGGGUUAAUUGAUUUAUUGCCUUUCCAUUUGCCUAUUUCUGUCUCAAAGGAUCAACAUUGUUUUUCACUUUUGGGGUGGUCUGUGAAACUGAAAAGGGCAAUCAUUGAUAAGGAAAAAUGUGCAUGCCUCUUUCAAUUUAAAGGAAAAUGCGUACCACUGUACCACUUGAUUCAGAUGCACCGCUUGAAUACUGCUUCAUUGGGGUUGUUGUGAAAGUAAAUUGUCGAAACUUGGCAACUAUCUCCUUUUUCUCUCUCUCUACGUGUUUUUGUACAAGGGCUGACUAUAGCAGUAUUUCAAGCAUUCAGCAGUAUUUCAAGUAUUCAGCGAGAAAACGCGUAGGAAUGCUCGGCAGGCUUCGUAGAAGCGUCACUAGAGAGAGUGCAAAUAUAGUUUAUUGUAGUCUAAUUAGGACAAUAUUAGAAUACUGUGUAAGUGUGAGGGGCUACUGCGGGGAAGGUCACAAACAUGGCCUUGAAGCUCUCCAAAACCGGGCUGCCAGAAUAGUUGCAAGAACUGUGCGCAGCAACCCGGCAAUGGACGUUUUGAAAUGGCCCACGCUGGAGGAGCGUCGUCGUAAAACUGUUUUUAAACUCGUUAAGAAAUGCCUGCAAGGUCAAUGUCCCCAAUAUUUUAUAGAAUAUUUUAAACGUAAUAAUACAAUUUACGCCCGCGCCACUAGACGAAGCAACCUUUUACAUCCGCCUGCUGUGAGGACUGAGAUCACAAAACGAUCUUUCUGUUACUAUGGGUGUACUCUUUUUAACGAACUAUCUUGAUGGUAUUGCGUAUUUAUUUACUUCUAAAUUUUUAUUCGUACAUAGUUUUCUAUCUAUAAUGCUAUCAGUAUCAGUGUAAUGCAUAUGUAUACCAUAGUUUUAGUGCAUUGUUGUGUUCAGGGCUCCCAUUGAUAACAGACAGCUUUUUGCAUCUGAAGGGGCUACCCUGAGCGGUAUAAGUCAAUAAAGCAGCUUCUUCUUCUUCUUCGUUAUCUGGAUUAGUCAAGCCUAUGUCACUGUCAUUUUCGAUUCAUGAUCAUCAUACACUCAUUAGACAAGAUACGAUUUUGUCACGUGUGACAAAAUCUUCUAGGGAUGAAUGGGAUCAGAGCCGAAUUAUUGCAGUAGUUUCACACUUUAUUACAAGUCUUAAAAAUCAAAUAAAAAUAAGCCCAAUAACUCAAACUGUAUCCAAACUGUUUCUGUUUUCAGGUCCUUCUGACGCAAACAAAGGAAGCCACGCCUCAAGUCACAUUAAGACUACAACUUCACACAACAAGGUCGUAUAUUUCUUUCAAGUGCAAGUCACAAACAGGUAUUUUAAUAGUAUUAUUACAGUGCCACUUAAAAGUGGCACUGUAUGUUCUCACUUGAGUUGAUUCUGUGUAUUUAAUCUCAUCUUCGCACAUUUCUAUACCAAAAAAAAAAAACGAGAUGUGGCCUUUAGUACGCGAGAUUUAUUCUAACACUAUCGGCUCUACCGAGUGAAUUUGGGGGGGAGGGGGGUGGUUAGGAGUCGUGUACGUUAGACAGGUUAUCAUUCAAUUAACCCUCAAAACGUAGAUGGAGUACUGUAAGGAAUCUAGAAUAUAGGAAGUCAAAUCAGAGUAUAUGGGGCUAAAUGAAACGAUCGAGAACAGUUUGAAAACGCGCGCAUUUAAGUAAAAAAUGUUUUCCAGUAAAACGAAUUGUCAUACAGUUGUUAGAAUAUAGUUUGUUACUAUAGGCAACAAGGAAGUGGCCAAAGAAAAACUUUAGUGAGCGCAUCAACACGUGCUAAUGAAAUUGUAUACAUUUCUUAGCUGUCCUCUGUAAAAUAACAACGUUAAAUCGCCAAAAUAUACGUGGUCUGUGGAAGGGAACUACUCAGUCACGUUUACAUUGAAACUAAACGCUAAUUACACAUCUUAUGCUGAAGAUGAGGUGUGGCGCCGGUAGAGGCGGUAAUUAAAUCUACCCUUUAGCGAAAUUCUGAAGAAAACAUAAAUUACUUUUUUACAUGAUUAUGUAUCAUGCAAAUUCCAUGCAAAAAUUAAAUUCCAUGCUACCCGAGGGAUUGAAGUGUUAUCCAAAUUCUCAAAUGCAAUGACAGCACUUGGUCUGUUGAUUUUCUAUGUCCUCAGUUUUCUUGUCAUUGCUUUUUCCUUUCUGUUAUGCUGAUAGAUUUUUACUGUCCUCUCUUGUAGUUAAUGUUGUUGAUAAUUUGCUGCCAUUUUAUUUCUAUGAAAUACGAUGAUUGGGUAAAUAAUGACACAGAGAAAAAGCUCAUUCCAUUCUACGUUGUAAUUUUCAUUUUCUCUUGACAACUUAUUUAUUCAUCAAUGAUUUUCAAUUUACUUCAGAUUGACAAGAAGAAAAGCAAGAGUCCAGAGAAAAAUGUCAACCUUCAGAAAACACAAGUUGAGGUCGAUACGCCAUCUUCCCAGUCCACACACUCCAUCGGACAAGAAGUUAAAGCUGUGUACCUUGUGGUAACAACAGCUUGUAAUACGCAUGUGUAUUAA